CUGAACGACUAUUGGUCUGCGUAAGCGUUGACGGUAAAAACAUGAAACUAGCACCGCUACAUUGACUGUAUAAAUAUCGGACGCAACACGCAAAUAAUACUUAAAUUGAAGAAAUUUCCAAUGAAAGAGUUACAUAAAAAAAUCACAGAAAUAUUUUAAUACAGUCGACAAAAAUUUCUUAAAUAAUUGUAAACGAUUUUACAAAAAUCAUCAGCGUAUCUUGAGAAAAGUUGUAGCCCUUGGUCGACAGGAACUCGACAGAAUGCAACCCGAUACAAUUAUUCUAACUUGUUUACUUUUGUUACCGGUAAUAUCCGGUAACACGGAAAAAAAUAAAACAACAUUUGUACCAACCCGAGAAUGGCAAACGGUAAAAAAAGGUACACUUUUACCUGAGGGGCUACAUGUGAGACACAAUUUUCAAACUGGAGUAACGGAAGCUAAAUUAAUGGAUAGCGAAGAGGUAGAAGAAAAACAUUCUACUGAAAAUUCAAAUGACUUACAAUCAAAUUCUUUGACACUACAUCCCGAGAAAGCAGUUUUUGAAGAUAAAGAUUCUCCUGUAACUACGGAAAAACCCGACUUGUUUGAACAUCCAAUAAAGGAAUUAAAGGCUAGAUUAAAGAAGAUUAAGCAAGAUAGUGCAGAGAACAUACCAGAAUUAAAUGAUGAACAUGCUCAACAAAUAAAGCAGAAGUUUCGUGACUAUGAAACAUUAAAGAAAGAGCUUAAAGCACUCGAAAUAAACAUUACAACUGACUCAGAGUUGUUAAGUAAUUAUUUUCAAAAGUUUCAAACCCAUAAAAAUGCAAUUGCUAUGGGAACUAUAUCACUAAUAGAAGUUGAAGAAGUUUUAGAUAUUUUGCAUAAUUUAGAAUAUUUACUUCAUCAUAUUGAUAAUGCCAAAACAUUUACAGAUAUGGAAGGCAUGACUAAAAUUGUAUCUCCAUGCCUUAAUGGAACAAAUAAUGAAAUAAAAGCUGAAGCUUUAAGGCUCCUUGGUGCAGCAGUUCAGUCUAAUCCUCAAGUACAAUUAAAAGCAUUGGAAAAUGAUCUUGUUCAAAAGAUUUUAUAUAUAUUAUCUACAAAUACUAAACUAGAAGUGAAGUCAAGGUGUCUCUUUGCAUUGAGUGCCUUAAUAAGACAAUUUCCGGCAGCUCAGAAAGUUUGGAUUGAUCAUGGAGGAGUAGAAAUAUUUGGAAAGAUUUUAGUUGAUGAUCAGUUGCAAGUACAAAUAAAAGUUAUGAAGCUGAUCAAUGACUUAAUUAUUGAGAGACAAAAUAUAGAAGAAAUUACUGAUGCUAAACAAAGGCAAAUGAGAGAAACAGCAUAUGCAGCUGCAGAUAUAGAAAAGAAAGUAUUAAUAUAUGAGUACUGUAAACAUUUGAGUAAUCUGAUGGUGAAGAGUGUUAAGGAAGAGGUUAGCGAUGAAUUAAUAAACGAUGAAUUUCUCGAGAUCAUCUCCGAAAGUAUGACUACUAUUACUCCAAUUUGUAUAAACCAGUUCAGAGAAACAAAAGAUGAAUUAUUACCCGCUGUAAAGCGUUUAUCGAACUCUUAUCAAAUUUUAAAUGUACUGGUUGAAAAACUUCAAACAGUCGAAAACAAUCGUGAUGAAUUAUAAGUAGUUAAUAUAAAGUAUGAGUGACUGAAUGUUCGUGAAAGAGUUCUGGAAUUUUAAUUUAUUUUACAAAGUCAUAAUCGUAUAAAAUAUAACGCGUAAUGAAACUCCUCUAGGCAUAGAUACUUUGAAUAUCGCUUGUUGAUAUUGCACAAAGACUGUGGGUAGAUAUAUACAUAAGCGGUAACGAGUGUGUUGCCAAUUUUAAUAAAUUAAUAUACAGUGUAUUAUACAACGAGUGUGAGUGCGUGUAAAUUAAAGAAAAAAAUAUUAUGUACUCUCUGUAUAUAUGUAUAGUAUAUAAGGUGCUUGAGUUACCUGUUCAGUAAAGGUAAAGAACUGUUAUGUUUCUUAUGUUCUAAGAAGAUUGUUUAAUAAAUUAUUUUGUACUAUU